AUGACAGGCUCAAGUGCCCGGCCUCCGUACGUUGAGAUGCUCGAUGCUGCGCUCCGACGCGCCAACAACGGCGGCAAAGUCUCUCGUAUCAAGCUUGCGCACUACUUCAGGGACGAAUGCGACGUCGACACGGACCACGCUUCGUACAAGAACUCGCUGAAGAAGGCGCUCGAGAGGCGGAUGAAGGAGGGCUACGUCAAGCAGGAGGGACAGUCUUUCUUGUUCACGGAAGAGGGUGAGAAGUGGUAUCGCGAGGAGUAUGAGACCACGGCGGAGGAGGAGGAGCCCAAGGCGAAGCCCGUCAAGAGCAAGAAGGCGUCGACGUCGAAGAAGGCCAACGGCGGGAGGAAAGGGAAAUGA